AUGCCUUAUGGCUCAUCAAGCAUGCAUAGGGCUGACUUGAUACAAGUGCUGUUGCGGAACAUCCCUUCGAGGUACACAACACACUGGCACAAGAAACUCGUCCGCUACAAAGAGAUCAAGGAUGACGAGGAGAACGUGUCGUAUCUCCAGCUUUACUUUGAAGACGGGUCUAAAGCAGAGGCCGACGUCCCGCUCAGUGCUGACAGGAUGAAGUCUAAUGUGCGCACCUGCAUGUACAACAUCGUGCACCAACACGAGUGUCCUGAUAAUGCCGACUGUGCCAAUUGCCUGCACUGCUCGGCCGUGACACCAACAUGGGAUGGUAUGGUCGCGUAUUGGACACUUGUGUCCACGGAGAAGCUCAGGAAGGUCAACCCAGAGCACGAAGCGUUCCGGUCCACUCUCUUUCCCAUGGAAAUCGAGGGUGAGUAG